AUGGACAAUCAGAGCUUAGCACAAAUUGCGAACGCCCUGGAGUCAGUUCACAGUGCGAGCACGUCAUCUGAUGAGCGUCGUAAAGCACAAGAAAUGCUGGAAUCUCUCAAGCAGCGGGAGGAUAGUGCAUGGAUUGGGUGGUCAUUAGCUGCUCCGGACAAAACAGGAAUUCUCAGGCACUUUGGCCUAGGGCUGCUACAGAACGCUAUCCAAUAUCAACUCACAAGCUUUACCGAAGAAAAGCGUUUGACCUUGCGCACGUGGGUUGUCCAGCUGGCAAUGCAGGUCCAGGAUUCCGACCCAUACUACGUCCGCGAGAAGCUAGCAUAUUUGUGGGUCUCCAUUGCCAAACGUGUUUGGGGACUCGAUACUCGGACUGAUACCCGAUCAGACGAUGUGGCACCCGCUGAUGGAUGGAUAGACAUGGAUGCCUCACUCUUGAAUCUCUGGAACCUCUCGUCGGCCGGCCGCGAGCUUUCCCUUAGCAUCCUUCGCACUUUGUUUGAGGACCUCUAUUUGCUGGAUGACCCGGUGGCAGCGAAGCGCAGUGGCAUUCUCAGUGCACAAUGUAUUGAAAUUGUAACCCCGGUGGCUGAUCUGCGAGCUAUAUACGAUGCCCGUUCGCCCUCUCUGCAACGGAUUCGGGUUGACGACGAAGGCUGGCUCCCCAAAUGGGUGAAGAUGGUCAAAGACUGUUUUGAAGUCCAAGAUUCUGAAUCUUCACGCUACUUAGUAAAGGCCCUCGAAACUCUAAAAUCUUGUCUCUACUGGGUGUGUGCUCGCAGUAUCCGAACAACCGACCUCUUGCCGACCCUCACUGCCGCGAUGAAACACCCUAACCUCCGCGUUCGUAUUCUUGCCUGCGACAACUUGCACGUGCUAUUUACUCGCAAUUAUAAUCAACGUCAAGAUUUUAAUUCAAUUAUCGGUGAGGUCAUGAAACCAGAAGGUAUCCAGUGGCUGGCUGGCGUUUAUUACAAGCUCUCCAUGGACCCAUCCGAGGAAGACGAAUACGUCUUCUCCAAAAAGCUCAUUGAAAUGAUUGUCGGGCUCGGGGAUUACCUCGAUUCACCAAAAUUCCCCCUUGAAACCGACAUUGAUUCCGACGGCUACUUCGGACUUUUGCUGAAAAUCAGCCAGCACCCAAGCUUGAUGGCUAGUGGUAUCUCACUUCAAUUUUGGUGUUCGAUCCUUCGCCAUGAUGAGAUACUAGGGAAGUACAAAGUCGAGAAAUUCUUGCCCGAUCUCUUAAAAGUUGCAUCUGAACGCUGUAUCAGAUAUGAAAAUAUGCCUGAAACACAUCUCUCACAUCUGUACAUGGCAAUAGACUUUGAUUCCAGCCCCGAGGCCCAACAAUUUUUCGGCUCUUACAGACGUUACAUGGAGGAUGUUAUUAGACUUAUUGUCUGCCAUAAACCUCUCGAGGCUCUUACCUGGUUACACGAAGGUAUGACUGGGUUCUUCCAGACUCAAGAAGGCUGGCAGGUUAUGAACAAAACGCCUCUAGGACCAAAUGAGCCUGCAUUUAUCCUCGGCUGUGGUCAGCUUGCCAUUGUGGAAUCCGCAUUGCGUGGUGUGUCUCGCUGGGAAAUUUGGAGACCUGCCGAAGAGCGUGAGAAAGAUGAAAAGCAAGUCAUGGCAAUGCUUCUCGAGUGGAACGAGCAAAUGCUUCAUCUAGAAGUCCGUGAUACCACUAUGCAUGCCCGCAUUAUCGAAUGUUUGGUCCAGUUCGCUCCUCUGCUCAAGAGUGAAAACAAAGUCAUGUUUUCCAUUCUUGAACGAGUUCUGAAAGCUUGCACUUAUGAAUAUCCCCCUGAAGAUGGAGAGCAUGAUGAAGAGCGUGAACGGGUCAAGGAGCUCCGUAACUCUUCAGGAACCGAGCUGAACCGUUUGGCUUAUAUGGUCCCUGAGUCCCUGAUGCAAGUCUACGAUGACUUGGAAAAUGUUAUCUCAAACUUGCUGGGCAGUGGAAAAGUCAGAGAACACGAGAGUGUCAGCUUCAAAUCCUUUUUACUUGUCGUUUCACAGAGAUCAUCCUUACCCAACAAGAGCGAGAAGUUCCAACUCAUUGUUGAUCCAGUUCUCCAAUCCUGGACUGACGAGUCUACCAUGCAGGGCCUGAUGGAUCUUGAAUGGUUUAUGGAACGUGUUGGUGUUGUCAGGAUUGCUGAGUACUUCAAAUCGCGCGGCUUGUUUGGUCCCAAGUUGCUGGAAGCGCCCAUGGACGAUGCCGGCCGAGCUUUGAAACUCGAACUGAAGAGCAAGUGGCAAGCUAUUUUCCCCAUCCGCCCCACGCGUAUUUUUAUUCAGUAUUCCAUCGAACGUCUGGAACGCACAUCUCCUGAAUAUUUACACUUGCUCAGCAUGUGGAAGCCACGAGUUCAGCCGAUUUUGCCUCACAUUUUGCAACUUAUUUACCAGAUUUUUGCCUACCACAACCCAGCAAAUUGGACAAAUUUACCGCUUGAAGUUCAGGAGUUUGUCAAGGUCUCAUGCACAGAAAGGUUUUGGCAAGUUGGUGUAUCCAUGCAAACCAAGGACGAAUUUGAGAACCAGACGCUCGAAGCAUCAAAGACGCUGCGCGACUUUGCUGACAGUGUUGGUCAUAUUGUCCGCUAUACUAGAGAGUAUGCCUUUCUCACGUUGGGGUCCAUCACACAGCUGGAAGAGACUAUGUUUGAGAUUGAAGGAAUGGGAGAACUGUUGUUCCGGGCGCUGGCCGGCGAAACAGCAGGAAUCACCAGCCACUGUUGGCGGCAUAUGAUCUCAUUAGUGGUCCGAAAUGUUGUCAAGAACUGUCCGAUCAAGUUCAUGCCAACUUUUCUUGUUGAUUUUAUGCCGCCCCUCUUACGCACAAUUGAUCAGGUUUUAGUAGCAAAGUGGGAGAAACAGAGUCAAGAUGGGUUCCAACUGAUGGAAGGAGAAAGCAUAGACGAGUCAGAUGCUGAUCUUAGUGACGAGAUGAUGGAUGAGCACCUACUCCGACAGCUCACAGCUAUCGUGGACCGGCUUUUGAUCGAUCUUGUCGGUCAAGUUGGUGUCAAGUCGGAACAGACUGAACGCAAGCAGGCUUUGCGGGAGCUUUGUACUACUAACAACAAUAUGCUUUUUUCUAUUUUAUCUCUCUGCCGGCAUAUCAUGUUGUUCAAAGACGGAAGAUGCUGCUUCAACACAUGUCUCAUUGUUCGCAACCUGCUGAUACCCAGUCUGUUGGAGAGAGAGGACGUUGCUGCAUACUUUUGCGAUGAAAUCAUUCCUGCUUGUUUGGGAAUUCUCUCUGACCCUUAUCUCCAUGAGAGUCAUUACGAGUCUGGCGCCAUUUUGACUACAAUUUACAUGCUACUAAGGGCCAACAGUAACAUGCCGUUGGCCAAGCUACAGAGCCUUCUUCCUGAAACUCCUGUUGUUGCUUUCGAGGAGCUAGAGGAGACCUUACUUACCGCCCGUACCCAUAAGCAGCAGCGCGGCAUCAUGCUGGACUUUUUGACCACUUGGCAGGUGUUACGCAACGAUGAAGAGACACGAUCACGAACACAAAAGCGUGUGGAACAUCGUGUCAGUCGUCGACACGAGCCCCAAGAUGCCUACGAUUCCGCUGCUGUCAUUAGCAUGUUUGGUGGCGCCCCUUAG